AACUGAUAGAGGCGAAUUUACUGGCAUUCUCCAGGACUGGGGCAGGAUCAUUGUAAACCCUUUGUCACAGGCUGGAGACGGGGCUGUCCGGGAGCCUGUAACCUUCUACCAUGCACCUCUAUGCUCUGACCCUGGUGUCUCUUGCAACUUUCACCACAGGGGCUGGGCACCUAUCCUCAUCACCCGUGGUGGACACCAUCCAUGGCAAAGUGCUGGGGAAGUAUGUCACUUUAGAAGGAUUCCCACAGCCUGUGGCUGUCUUCCUGGGAGUCCCCUUUGCCAAGCCCCCUCUUGGCUCCCUGAGGUUUGCUCCACCACAGCCUGCAGAACCCUGGAGCUUCGUGAAGAAUGCCACCUCCUAUCCUCCCAUGUGCUCUCAAGACCCAGUGACAGGGCAGAUAGUCAACGACCUCUUAACCAACAGAAAGGAAACCAUUUCUCUCCGGGUUUCUGAAGACUGUCUCUACCUAAAUAUUUACACUCCUGCUGACUUGACAAAGAGCAGCAGGCUGCCGGUGAUGGUGUGGAUCCAUGGUGGUGGACUAGUGUUGGGUGGGGCAUCAACCUAUGAUGGUCUGGCUCUGUCUAUCCAUGAAAAUGUGGUGGUGGUGGUCAUUCAAUACCGCUUGGGCAUCUGGGGAUUCUUCAGCACAGGGGAUGAACACAGCCGGGGGAACUGGGGUCACUUGGACCAAGUGGCUGCACUGCGCUGGGUCCAGGACAACAUCGUCAACUUUGGAGGGGACCCAGGCUCAGUGACCAUCUUUGGAGAGUCAGCAGGAGGGGAAAGUGUCUCCGUUCUUGUGUUGUCUCCCUUGGCCAAGAAUCUUUUCCACAGGGCCAUUUCUGAAAGUGGCGUGGUCCUGAACGCAGGCCUGGUCAAGAAGAACACAAGGCCCUUGGCUGAGAAAAUUGCUGUCACGUCUGGUUGUAAAAACACCACCUCAGCUGCCAUGGUUCACUGCCUCCGCCAGAAGACAGAGGGAGAGCUCUUGGAGACCACAUUGAAAUUGAAUCUUUAUAAGCUGGAUUUGCAUGGAGACUCCAGUCAGAGCCAUCCCUUUGUUCCCACUGUGCUGGAUGGAGUGGUACUGUCAAAGAUGCCUGAAGAGAUCCUGGCUGAGAAGUAUUUCAACACUGUGCCCUACAUCGUGGGAAUCAACAAGCAAGAGUUUGGAUGGAUUCUGCCAACUAUGAUGAACUAUCCACCAUCUGAAGUAAAACUGGACCAGAUGACGGCCACAUCACUCUUGAAGAAGUCCUCUUUUAUUCUUGACCUUCCCGAGGAUAAGAUUCCAGUGGCCAUUGAGAAGUACUUAAGAGACACAGAUGACCCAGGCAGAUAUAAAGACCAACUUCUCGAGUUGAUUGGGGAUGUGGCAUUUGGUGUCCCAUCUGUGAUUGUCUCCCGUGGCCACAGAGAUGCUGGUGCCCCCACCUACAUGUAUGAGUUUCAAUAUCACCCAAGCUUCUCACUAGAAAUGAAACCUGAUACAGUGAUAGGAGACCAUGGAGAUGAAGUCUACUCAGUCUUCGGUGCCCCGAUUUUAAGAGAAGGUGCCUCUGAAGAGGAGAUCAAUCUCAGCAAGAUGGUGAUGAAAUUCUGGGCCAACUUUGCUCGGAAUGGGAACCCCAAUGGGAAGGGGCUGCCCUAUUGGCCAGAAUAUGACCAGAAGGAAGGGUAUCUACAGAUUGGAGCUACCACCCAGCAAGCCCAGAGACUGAAAGACAAGGAAGUGGCUUUCUGGACUGAGCUCAGGGCCAAGAAACCACCCCAGACAGAACAUGCUGAGCUGUGAAUGGGAGGCUCUGCCAGCCUCAGAAAGCCAGGGGAGCCCAAAUGAGGCUGCUCCAUUGAUGGC